AUUCCUGUAGCAAACCCUAUCUCCCGCCUCUCUUCCUCCUCCUCUCAUAUCUUGUCCUCCCAUCUCUUUCUUUCUUUAUUUCCUUUUCUGGUCUUCUUGAUCUUGACCAAUAUUUAUUGUACUGCUCUGGUGUGUUGCGUUGUCAGCCAUAUCAUUUAAUUCAUGUAUCAAAGCUAGAACAAAUAUUUAUCAUCAGCUGCUCCUGCUGGUGAUUUUAGCAAUAUAUACAUAAUAUUUUAUCAAUAUAUCAAUAGCCAGUUUCAUAAAGUGGAUCGAAAACAUGGGAAGAGGCCUCUUCCUUCCGAUGAAUCGGAGGCGAAAGAGGAAGAUCAAAUCUUCCCUGUUUACUCAUCUCGAUCUCAACAAGACACAUCUGUUAUGAUUUCAGCUCUAGCUCAGGUAAUUGGAAAUACUGACCAAACCCCACUUCAACAAGUGCAAGGAAAUCCAUUCAUCACCUCACAAUCCAGCCCUGCAGAAAGCCAAUCUCAACCAGCACUGCAAGAUCAAGGGAAUGUGAGGAGACAACGCUAUAGAGGAGUGAGGCAGAGAAAGUGGGGAAAGUGGGCGGCUGAGAUUCGUGAUCCGAACAAGGCAGUCCGGUUGUGGCUGGGCACUUACGACACGGCUGAGGCUGCUGCACUUGCCUAUGAUAAAGCAGCUCUCAGCUUCAAGGGAAGCAAGGCUAAGCUUAACUUCCCGGAAAGAGUUCAAGCGAGCUCAGAAUUGGGCAACCUCACAAUUACCACUCAACAACAACACAACUUGAACAAUCCGGAAAAUGUUGAAAGAGUUCAAGUUACAGACCCUGUGGUUCCCAAUCCUCCUCAUCAGCCUAUUUCUCAACCGACAUAUUCCAAUGUUUUUUGUUAUGCACCAUAUGUUCAAGGCGGAAGUAACAACGUAGAUUAUAAUGUUCAAGUGCUGCCAUCUCAUGAGAAUUACGGACCGCAAAUCUUACCAACCACAUCUUCUACAUCAUCUUCCAUGCCAUCUCAACAAGAAGAGCUCCAAAGAAUGCAGUUUGGUUCUUCUCGUUCGAGUUCAGAUCUUCCUAAUAAAUAUAGGAAAGACUUUGAAGGCAGUCACUCAAGAUGAUAAUGAUGAGGAGAGCAAAACCUGUGUGAACUCAGGUAGUUAUAAUUUUGAUGUGUGUGUUUUCCUUUUCCUUUAUUUUCGUUAAUUUCUUUCGGGAUUUUAACCCUUUCUGCUAUCUACUCAAGUUUAGACUACAUCAAAAAGUUGGAA